ACCACUCCACCAUAAAUGAUAACAUCCCCAAUGCCCAAUUUCACCUUAAUUAUAAGGAAAUAGUCUUAGCUCUCUCCGUGCGGUACGUCCUCCGACCUCCGCACAUGCCCACCCCCGGGGCUGUGCUCGAGGUCUCCGCCCCCAUGUCUCUGCCCCCCGCGCCACCGCCACCACUUGAACAAUCGCAAACACCGCAGCCUCGGACGAUGAUAUCUCCUCUGUACAAGCAGCAUUCGUGGUCCCCGGACGCCUUCCGCGAACAGGCAUGGCUUCGGCGCAAAGGAAGCAGCAAGAAUCGCCGGAGCAAGAGCGUGACCGAUGAGGAUCUCGACGAACUCAAGGCCUGCAUCGAGUUGGGUUUCGGCUUCGACGACUCGUCUUCGCCCGAGAUGGAUCAACGCUUGUCCGACACUUUGCCUGCUCUUGGCCUUUACCACGCCGUCAACAAGCACUACAACGACACCGUCUCUAAGUCAACCACCACAGUGCCGUCUUCUUCCACGGCGUCCGAGAGCGAAUCUACUCCGUCUCCCCUCGGUAGCACUAGUCCCCACACCCUCUUUGGCGCCGCUGGUGAUGAUCCGCAGAAUGUGAAGACAAGGUUGAAGCAGUGGGCUCAGGUGGUUGGUUGUUCGGUGCGGCAAUGUUCAAGCUAAUUAUUCAGAUAUGGUUUUGUUUUGUUUAUCAGGAUUCAGGGUUAAGAGAAACCAAACCAGAGUUGGCAAAGUAACCAAACAUCAACGUCAGCUUGUUUGAUAUGAUUUCCCCCACCGGCUCUUGAUUGGCUUUGAUUAUUUUUUAAUUUGGUGAAAUGAAAUUAAGUAAAAACAAAGCCCAUUAAUUAAACAAAAGCAAACCAACUUGUACUGGGAUU